GUAUAUAGUUACGGACGUGGCUUAAUUGUAUGGUGCACAUAUUUUUCCUUCUCUUUGUACUUGUAGUAAAAAACUUAGUGGCCGCUGAACUUUCGCUAGGGGGCGGUGUACUAAAACCGGUCAGACUUUGAACAAUUCAAAACUGUCGUGCAUGUGGUCUUCGUUUCAGACGAAUAUUAGUAACCUUGUCUGCCAAUGAAGUUGGACUUGUGAGUAUUGGGAUUCCAAGAAGACCGAGUAUAACACAUCAACUCGAAAAGCAGAGGGACUUCAGUAUGAACUCUAAAAAAACCGUUUUCGUCACUGGGGGCGCUGGUUUCAUUGGUAGCCAUACAGUAGUUGAACUUCUGAAUGCUGAUUUUGACGUCAUCGUUAUUGAUAAUUUUGUCAAUGCAGUUCAUGGAUCGGACGGACAAGCUCCAAGUUUAACUCGAGCUCAACAGAUUACGGGAAGAAAACUGACUUUUUACCAGUGUGACUUGUUGAAUAAGAACGACCUUUCAGCGAUAUUCAAAAAGCACAAAAUUGACUUUGUCAUCCAUUUUGCCGCCAUGAAAGCUGUGGGAGAGUCGAUGCAGAAACCCCUUUUUUACUACAAAAACAAUGUCGUCAGCACCAUCAAUCUAAUGGAGGUAAUGAGAGAAAACGGAGUUUAUAACCUGGUAUUCAGCAGUUCUUGCGUAGUCUACGGAAACCCACAGUACUUGCCCAUCGACGAAGCCCACCCCACGGGAAACGUAUCCAGCGUAUAUGGAAGAACGAAGUAUUGCUUAGAACAAAUGUUUGAAGAUAUCUGUAGAGCAGAAAAGAAAUGGAACGUCAUUAGUCUCCGUUACUUUAAUCCCGUUGGAGCUCACCCAUCUGGUUUAAUUGGCGAAGAUCCCACUCGAGCUUACACUAACCUCAUGCCAAUUAUUGGAGAGGUAGCCACUGGACGUCUGCCAGAGUUGGUCAUCUUUGGUGGAGAUUACGAGUCAGUCGACGGAACAGGCAUUCGGGAUUACAUACACGUGAUGGAUUUAGCCACGGGCCAUGUUGCAGCUUUGAAGAAGUUUGCUGAAAAUCCUCGAUACAAGGUUUACAAUCUUGGCACCGGCACGGGGUAUACAGUGUUACAGCUCGUCCAGGCUUUUGAGAAAGUCAGCAAAAAAACGGUGCCAUAUCGAAUAGAAGCUAGAAGACUUGGUGACAUUCAGGCCAUGUGGGGCAACUGUAGUUUAGCAGAAAAGGAUCUGGGCUGGAAGGCUGUUUAUGGUUUAGAUCAAAUGUGUGAAGACUUUUGGCAGUGGCAGACUCAGAAUCCGACAGGUUACAGAUGUCAUGUUGAAGACAAACAACUUGCAUCAUUUACAGACAUUGAAAAUGACACAGAUAAUGUACAUAUAAAUGGAAAGUCCAUUGUCAGUAACUGAAAAUGGGUAGAAAUGGAAUCUUUUUUGUUCUUGUUGUAGCAUUUCUUUUUUCACUUCUAACUUAAUUUGAAACUCAAUAUUUUAAAUAUUUAGCAAUAUAAAGGAAAUGGUAUAUAGUAUUAUAAAAUUCAGAAUUACUGAAACAUGAGGGUUUUAUUAGUUUCAGAACAUAAUGCAUAAACCAAGUAGUCACUCCACAUAUUGUUCAAUGUGAUAUAAAUGAGUGAUUUAAGCCUUCAAUUUCUAUUAAGAAGUCCUGAUACACAAGCCUCAACUAACAGUGGAAAAAAUACACACAAACACAAAAGAAACUGAGUAAUAUAGUUAGUGCUUGUUACUUUAAAUAAUUUGAAAUGUCAUGAUUUUCAUAAUUAUUAGUCUAUUUGUACCUAGUAACUUUCAGAAGUGUUUAACGAAACAAAUAACUCUGUUGUAAUUUGUACGACUGCUUGACCAUGAAAUUGAUUUCAAAGUAUCAAUAAAUGUCUUAUCAUCAUAGUACACUUCACAAUUAA